GCGCUCCAACCUUAUCGCAUGCAUGUCUCGCAGCGUUACCUCGACUUGACGAAACAGAAACUUGAAUUGGCGCGCUUCCCACGCGAACCUCAAGGCCUCCAGACCGCCUCCACUCAAACAGGAGUGUCGAAAACCGAGUUGGAACCGUUGGUCGACCAUUGGCUUGAACGAUACAACUGGCGUGAGCAAGAAACGUUCUACAACGACGCUCUUCCGCAAUUUCGUGCAGCAGUCAACGGUACCCGGAUACAUUUCGUCCACCGACAGACACAAGCGCCAAAUGCGAUACCAUUAUUGUUCGUCCAUGGCCUGCCAGAGAGCUUCAUCGCGAUCGCACCGAUGAUUGAAGCCUUGUGCGAUCCGAUUUCGACACCACCACGUGGAACGGAGAACGCGCAGGCAUUCCAUGUUGUCGCACCGAGCAUACCAGGCUUCGGAUUCAGCGAUGCAGUGCUGGAGGAUGGAAACGUCAUGACAGCGACAGCAGCCAUCUUUGAUGCGCUGAUGAAAAUGUUGGGUUAUCAUCGGUACAUUGCGCACGGAUCCGGAUGUUGCAUGGCCCUUCAUACCGUCAACCCUGAAGUCCCACCACCAAGGUUCGGCUACUCCUCUUUCAUCGUCUGGCUCAGAUACCGAAUGGCCAAGCUGACCUUUGCAAUGCUACGCAGGUCAGGCUGGGGCUACACAGCAGAAGAGAUG